CUUCGAGGUUUUCUCUUGAACUUGCCUUCUUGUCGUUAACACACACAGGCCGUAGCAUUAAUAUUUUAAUUUUAACGUUGGCUUGUUUGCCUGUGCAUUGAAGUGAAAAGUGAUAUAAAAACAACAACAAAUAAAAAGAUAAAGAUAUGAGUGAUUAUAAGUAUAUGAGCGGUUUUGGAUCGCAUUUUUCUUCGGAAGAUCCCCGAUACCCAAACGCUUUACCUAAAGCUCAGAAUACUCCGCAAAAAUGCCCAUACGGCUUGUACGCUGAGCAAUUGUCUGGCACUGCUUUUACAGCACCGCGUAAAGAAAAUGUACGCACUUGGUUUUACAGGGUUCAUCCGAGUGCUAAACAUUUACCGUUCCAACCAUAUAUGUUUAAUCGUUACUUAACUCAUGAUUGGGACGAACAGAUCCCUAACCCGAAUCAGAUGCGCUGGAAGCCGUUCGAUAUUCCUACGGGUGAGAAAAAGAAUUUCGUUAAGGGUUUACACACAAUCUGUGGUGCGGGUGACAUACGCUGCCGCCACGGACUGGCUAUACAUGUUUAUCUUUGCAAUGAAUCGAUGGAAAAUGCUGCUUUUUAUAACAGUGAUGGCGACUUUUUAAUAGUGCCACAACAAGGAGUGUUGGAUAUCACAACUGAGUUUGGCAAAAUUAAGGUGUCGCCUAAUGAGAUAUGUGUUAUACCACAAGGAGUUCGGUUUGCGGUGAACGUGUCAGGUCCUACCAGGGGCUACAUAUUGGAAGUCUAUGACAAUCACUUCCAAUUGCCUGACUUAGGACCGAUCGGCGCUAAUGGUUUAGCCAAUCCUAGAGAUUUUGAAACUCCGGUCGCUUGGUUUGAAGAUCGCAAUGUAAAUGGUUUCGAAAUGAUAUCCAAAUAUCAAGGUCGCUUGUUUGUGGCCAAACAAAAUCAUUCACCAUUCGAUGUUGUCGCUUGGCAUGGAAAUUAUGUACCCUAUAAAUAUAAUUUAUCUAAAUUUAUGGUCAUCAAUUCGGUGAGCUAUGAUCAUUGCGAUCCUAGCAUAUUCACCGUAUUGACUUGUCCUAGUUUACGCUAUGGUACGGCCAUAGCCGAUUUUGUAAUAUUUCCUCCAAGAUGGUCGGUCCAAGAACAUACAUUUAGACCGCCAUACUAUCAUCGCAAUUGUAUGAGUGAAUUUAUGGGUUUGAUUUUGGGUAAAUAUGAAGCCAAAGAAGAUGGCUUUAUGCCUGGUGGAGCCACCUUGCAUUCAAUGAUGACACCACACGGUCCCGAUUAUACUUGCUUUGAAACGGCUUCAAAGGCUAAAUUGGCUCCAGAACGCGUAGCCGAGGGUACUCAGGCUUUUAUGUUCGAAUCAUCUCUUAGCAUGGCCGUGACACAAUGGGGAGAGAAAACUUGCCAAAAAUUAGAUGAAAAAUACUAUGAAUGCUGGCAAGCUUUAAAGAACAAUUUUAAAUUAACAAAUUGAACGAAUACGAUGAUCGGAUUAGUUUGGAGAUUAUAUAUUUUAACUGAGAGCAGUUAUAUAAUUUUUUGUCUAAAUUUUAUCUUCUAUUUUAUACGCAUUCUAUUAUCGAAAGCAUAUACACAAGAUAUGUUAUGGAGUAUUUUUUGCAUAAUCUUUGCUUUUGUUUAUUUCUUAUAUACGCACAAUUAUGUUAUUGCUCACUAAAUAAAAUCAUUGUUUAUUGAA